AUGUAUCUCCGUCUAGGUGCCUUAAAGGAUUCUCAAGGGCUUGCGCGACAGAUGGCAAUAGCAUCUGAACAAGAAGUAGCUCUGGAUGAGCUGAUCUUCACGAGGUACCAACCUGCAUCAAAUACAAGGUGGCAGCAGCAACGCUUACGCUCUCAAGAGAAUGGCACAAGAGACACGGCUACUGUCGGCCUCCAGAUCACUACAGCUCAGCAACUCACCAUAGCAUUGCCACUGCCAGCUCAGCGCUGGUCACGUCGCCGCCAACGGGAGCCUCCAGUCCGAAAUACUUGGAGCCAACUCGCCGUCAUUGGUUACAAGACGCUUGGGACAGAGGUUGCGAGCUUUCACCGCUUGGUUGGGGGCCAGUGA